AUGCCGGCCUUACUGGAGGAUCCAGAGUCGCCCGUGAUUUACCGGCAAUCGGGCCAGGCGCCGUAUCCAACCUCAGACAACCCGCAGAUCCCUUCGUCGAUAUUUCCCAGGCCCGUCACCCUGCGCGAUCGCGUUACCGUGGCGACCUUGAUCCCCUUCUUUUCCCCGGAUGCAGUGCCCAAGCGGCUCCUCAACUACCUCGCGGACAAUCUCAAUCAAGAGAUUGAACGUGGGGACACUUAUCCGAUGAUCAAUCCUCUGCCCGUGGAAACGUUCGGACCCUACUGGUUCGGCAACUUCGGUGCGAUCAUGGUCCUUGGGGACAUUGGCGGCGUCGAAGCUGUCUCUGAAAUGGAUCGCAACGGUGCCGACUGGAAUAAACUCUGUCUAGGCAGCUUUUACGUCAAGCCCAAUUAUCCCGGUCGGAGCAGUCAUGUGUGUAACGGCGGGUUCCUUGUCACUCCAGCGGCGCGCAACAAAGGUGUAGGCAAAUCGAUGGGCCAAUGUUACCUGGACUGGGCGCCUCAACUGGGCUACACAUAUUCAGUCUUUAACCUAGUAUAUGAAACGAAUACGGCGUCCACCCGAAUAUGGGACUCUUUAGGAUUUAAGCGCAUUGGACGGGUUCCCGGGUGUGGCCGCCUGAAGUCGUCCAGCGAACUGGUGGAUGCCAUUAUCUACGGCCGGGACCUCAAGGCGGAGGGCGAGACGGAUCAGUCCGAGGAACGCUUCGACAAAAUCCGCUACUACCUCCGACAUCAGUUGUAUCCCCAGGGCGCCGACCGCUCGGAGAAGAGCCGACUCCGGAGCGCGGCGACGCACUAUAAACUGGUAGGUGGCCAGGAGGGCGUGCCGGAGAAGUUAUUUUUAAAGGACAAAGAAGUCAUCUCGGAUCCGCAAGCCCAGUACGAGAUCGCCAAACAAAUACACGACCAAGCGCAUGGCGGGAUCAACAAGACCACCGCCAUCAUUGCGACCAAAUACCACUGGAUCCGGAUCAAGGAGACGGUCAGCCAUGUGAUCAAGAACUGUCCCGAAUGCAAAGACGUCAACAAACCGCCCAUGAUCCGUGCCGAGAACAGACCGGGCCGAAGUAAGACGAUCGAUGAAGCUCCUCCCUCGUUACAGGAAAUCACCCAACCGCCGCCCGUGCCCGAGGUCCAACCCGCCCCCGAGGAGAAUCUGGCCACCAAUGACAUAUCCGACCACGAUUUCGCGGUGAUUCAGCAGCCGAUGGAUCUGGCCGGCGAACACCUUACCGACCCCAACUCACACUUGCACGCAUAUGACGAGAUGGCCAUUGACCCGCAGAUCAUGGAACAGAUCCAGGCGAUGGCCAACGAAUACGAUCAAAACGCCCACGCCUACGUCCAGGCCGGAAUGCCGACGUUCGCCGAUCCUUCUCACCUGCAGCCUCAUCACGAUCCGCACGAUUUCAACCCCCAACCUCCUGACCAUCAAUUCAUGAAUGACACGAAUCAAGCCAUGCUGGGCCACGAUCAUGUCAUGAAUGACGGCAGUUCCGGGACGGGGCUGAGCAACAUGCAACCCAUGCAACAUGUUCUGCCAAUGGAUUACAUCGACCCUUCCAACAACCCGCAGUAUAAACUUGAGCAAUAG